AGCGGAACAGCAGCAGCGGAUUGAACGGACUCCGCGACGGUUACCAGCAUCAAACCGAGAUUUGUUACUGUAGUCUGUAUUCAUGUGAAACUAAAGGUAAAGUCAAUUUUGUUAGUUCCGACAGUGAGCCUAGCUUCAGCAAUUCAAGCACGAAACACAAUACACGUUUGUUACGUUCAUUUUUAACACAAGAAGCCCAAGAGAACGACAGCGUUGUGUUAGCCGUGAGCUAGCUUGUAAGACGGAAACGGGUUUGUCAUGGAUUAGCUAAGAUGGUCAACGAUGCAGCGCAGGUGAUAAAGUCUUGUAUGGAAUGACAACUUCACAGAGAUAUAGAGAAUCCAAACCAGCGGCUCGCUUUGCUGACAUGGAGUGGCAGACGCCAGCUGUGUCAGAGAAGUUCCAAAGCCGUUUUGGCCGCCGGCCUGGAACAUCGGACAGCGGGGACACUGGUCUUGGCACCUCGGCAUCUGACAGCACAGAAGAUUUCUGCAGUACCAGCAGCAGCAGCCCCCCUUUCCAGCCCAUCCGCAGUCAGAUCCCAAUACCCACUGCACAUGUCAUGCCAUCCACGGCCGGAGCCCCGGCCUCUAAGCCCCAGUCAUGCCUCCAGGAGGACUCCCUGUCCUCUGAGGCUCACAGAUCUUCCUCUGGCUCAAGAACACCCAGUGGCUCCACCUCAAAGUCUUCCUCUCUCUCUAAAUCGGCUUCUUCGCCCAACUUGGAUGCCCAGGCAGGUGUGGGAGGUGAUCUUGUGGGGCCAAAGCCAGACUGCCUGAGUCGCUACCGGAGCCUUAUCAAUGGGCUGGACCACUCGCUCUUCCCCACAGAUCACACACGGGUGGAUGAGGGCCAGAGGUUUGACACUCCUGCCGUGGAGCCUACUCUAAAUCAGUCAGCCCUGCUGGGGGGGUUAUGCCCUGAUGUCAGACUCCGAUUACAGACGACCGGGAUUAGAGACACCUCAGACUACAUGUCUGAGGCCUACAGAGGAGGCAUGGAGCACAGCUAUAAGGUUCUGCCUGAAGCUAGGCCCGGGGUUCCUGGCACUGCAGAAACCUGUAAUCAGAGGGGAAGUCAGCCUGGUGCGGCCGGAUCCCCUGGACUUUAUGCAAACCCUCUCAGUCUGCAGACACAGGCUCUGCUGAGGGAGCACGCAGCCUCUAAGGGUUAUGAGCCAUUGCGGCAGGACAGAUGUAGUGAACUCUCCAGCUGGCAGCAACAACACCAACAUAAGCAGCAACUGGACAGUUUACGCCUGCAAGUGGAACAAAUGCAGUUUAUGAGUUCUGGAGUGGGUCAGUACCCGUCUCUGUACUCGACACCUGUACACUCAGAGGCAGGCAAGUGGGACGCUCUGGUCAAAGCCAGUGAGAGUCUGCUGAAGGAGAAGGAGCUCAUCAUUGAGAGACAAAAGCAGCACAUGACCCAGCUGGAGCAGCGUCUGAGAGAAAGCGAGCUGCAGGUCCAAGGAGCUCUCCUGGGCCGAGGAGCUUCUUACGGAGAUAUGUGCAUGCUAAGGCUACAGGAGGCUCAGAGGGAAAACGUGUACCUGAGAGCGCAGUUUACCGAGCGCACAGACUGUGCCGUCCUGGAAAAAGCCGAGGCAGAGCGCAGACUGGGGGCGGUUGAGGCUGAGACUCGACGGCUAACUGACAGCCUGAAGGAGACGUGUGAGAGACACGCGGAGGAGAUGAAGAAACAGGAAGAAAGGAUCCGCAGCCGAGACAAGCACAUCAACAAUCUGAAGAAGAAGUGUCAAAAGGAGUCGGAGCUGAAAAGAGAGAACCAGCAGCGCAUUGAGACUCUGGAGCGAUACCUAGCUGACCUGCCCACCCUGGAGGACUACCAGAGCCAGAACAAGCAGCUUCUAGAGGCAGAGCAGCAGGUGUCUCAGCUACAGGAGCAAGUACGAGAAGCCGAGGUGUGCUUGGAGACGAUGCGCUCUCAACUGCGGGAAAAAGACACGCAUAUGGAGGAUCAGAAACGCAGGGAGAGAGACCUCCUGACCACCAUCACUGAAAUGCAGCAGAGGGUACAGCAGGGCCUGGAGGACGGAGCCAGACUGCCGUCUCUGGAUAUCGAGAAGCUCAGAGGAGAGAACAACACGUUGAGGGAGGAGCAGCAGAGACUCAAAAAGGUCAUCGAGAAGCAACACCGGAUGAUGGAACAGCUCGGCUCUCAGAUUCAGGCGUUAGAGGAGCAGAUAUCUCAGGAAGAGAGCAGCUCUCUGGCUCUCAGAGAGGAGGUGUUGGCCAAAGAGCAGAAUGUGUUGGAGCUCCACACAGCUAUGAAGGAGCUGUCGUCUCAGAACCAGGAACUGAUGGAGCAGAAUCUGACCCUGCAGGAGCAGAUGAGCGAUCCCGAGCAGAGGAGCACCAAUCAGGCCUCCUCCACCCUGCAGCCUGCCGGGGCUCGUCUCACACAGAGGCUGCACAUAGAGAUCGCGUCCUGCCUCAGCGACCUGCGCUCCCUGUGCAGCAUUCUGACCCAGAGAGCUCAGGGACAAGACCCCAACCUGUCCCUGCUGCUUGGCCUCACAUCACCCCCACCCAUGGCAGAGCAGCCCGAGGACUGGAUGGACCCUGAGGUUCUGCAGAAGAAGCUUGUUGAAGCUCAGCAGCUCCGUCGGGAUGUCGAGGAACUACGGAAUGUGAUUCUGGACCGUUACGCACAGGACAUGGGAGAAAACUGCAUCACCCAAUAACUCCAGCACCCAUGUGAUGGAAGAAACUUGUAAAAGGCCUGUUUCAUCUCUGGAGACUCUAAAACGGGCUUGUCUUUCAGUUACUGAAUGUCAGAAAGAGGACUGGAUUUUAAUCUUCUUAAAAUGAGGACAGAGGAAAGCCCAAAUGGUUUAGCUUCUCCUUCUCUAGACUGUACGUCUCUCCUCGAGCCGCCUGCCUGUAGCUCAGAACCCUCCCAUCCCCUGGUGAGUUCAUCUAUUUCAGUCCAAGGGCUAACAGGAAAUAACUUACCUCUAAUACUUGAUCCUUACGCAUUGUGUGUGCGUGUGUCUUUUUGUAUAAUGAUGACAUGAUAGCGUCGGUUACCAAACAGUCUUAUACUUUUUUUCCACUCUGGUGGAUAGCUUUUUGUUUAGAGGUCCCACAAAUGUAAUUUAUUUAAAUGUUAAUUUCUCUCUGCAGGGGAAUUAUUCAAGAAGUGGUUGACAAUCAACUGAAAGUAUUUAACUCUGUGCUUUUAACUGAAUUCUAGAGAAAUGUUACUAACAUUGCCAUUAUUUAAAAUGGUAAACACUGUAACAUGUGUCUCUGCUGUGAGGUAAAAAAAAAGAAGUACUAAACUGAAGGGUUUGAUACCAAAAUCAGCUUCUCACACCGACAGGCCUCCAACAGUUUUGAUACCAAAGAAAAAACUCUGGUCCAGUCUGUGAGCGCUCCUCUCUGCUGCAAACCUCGUUCGGAAUGAACACCAACAUGUGCCUUUCUGUCAUGUUUGCAACCAUGAUGCUAAUUCAUUUUUAGACCAACCACAAAGGGCUGUUUGCAGCGGACUCUUCCAAUAUGACCUUUCUCUCAGCGUAGUAGGAUAGUCAAUACAUUCCCUGACUCUGAAUGUAGUAGAUCACUUUGGAGCUUGUGGAGGCCCGACACUGUUUUUGUUCCUGUUUAGAUGUAUGAGGUUAGUUAAAACUCUUCAAUCUGUGUGACCUCACAGCAUACUGUACAUUUCAGGCUGAUAACAGCUGACCUGCAUUAGACACAGAGGUUAACUUUUAUGAUAUAGGAAUGACUGAAAAACAGUAUUAAUCUUCAGUAUUAUUAUUUAUUUGUUUUGUUUGCAUUGACAACUCAGUGGGUCCUACUAAUGUGUCGCUGUAACAAUGUGCUAAUUAAUGCGGUUUGAGCAAACUUAGCGUCCACAACGUGUGAAGGUCCCAUGAAGUGGCUUUUAGAUUGUAACUCUGUCCUGUGGUUUGUCCUCUUUUCAUAAGAUUAAUAUGUAAGACUGGAAGUGAUCAUCGAGGAUCCUUCACCUUUCCAGAGAACAAGGGGAAAUGUUUGAAUCCCACGCGGUAAUGGUGAUGAUGGGAGGGGUUGGCUGGAUCAGCCCUCAAUCAUCAUUCAUAUCGCUCUCAAAAGGAGUUUUGUAUUUUGCCCCAGUGUAGGGAGAGCCAUUAGAAAAGUCGACACUUUACAGGAAGUGAAAGGGAUUUUAAUAUGAAAAUAUGCAAUAACAUCCAGGGACACACAAGCCAUUUUUCAUUUCAUGGGACCUUUUUUAAAUUGUACGUAGCACAAGAUUUAUCUUAGGAAAAAGUCAGGCUCCGCAUGCCUUAACAUCUCAAAUGUUUUUUGCAAAAGGGAAAAAAAUGUUUCUAUUUUCAUACUUUGGUCCUUGUUUGUAUUUGCAUAUUUUAGAAAUAAAGAUUUUCUGCAUUUUUUUCUUCAAA